CUAAUACGGAUACCUAGGCAGGCAGCCUAGACAUACACAGGCUCUAAACUUUAGAUGUUCUGAUAGCUGCUUUUAAAGUGCUGAAAUGUUACAGUAACUAUUAGUUGUUUGAAUAAUAACAGUCCUUACGUCAUAUAAAAUAUUCAUAUUCCAAUAAUUUAGUACUUUAAAAUAUAUCGCAAUUAAUGCUAAUUUUGAAUACUACUUGAAUAAUAACAGAGGUUUGCUGUGAAAUCAUGAUAACUUCAGAACUUAUUUGCUGAAUUUCACUUUAUAAAGUUUGAUAUAAAUAACGAUUCAGCAGCAAAAAGGCAUCGAAUUUGAUGAACACAGCCUAUCUAAAUUCAUAAAAUAGGUAGUUGAUCUCAAAUAUAGAGAUGCCUUUAAUUGUGGAAUUACCUGAUGAGGAUGAAAUCAAUGAGAUUGGAGCACCUAUUUCCACAGAUGGCGCUGGUGAAAGUGGCACUCUUGACAAACCGAAAACCAUUCAUACAGACACAGAAAAACCAUGUUUGGACCAUUGCGAACUUGGGAUGAAGACUGAUGAAGAUAUGUCUGGUGAAGGUGACGUUAAAGAAAAACAUGAUCUGGAACUUACAGAUGAAGAAGAUGAAAAUAAUAAAAAGUCAUCUAUUGAUAUGAACAAGUUAGAAAGUUUAUACCCUGGUUGGAGAGUUCCACGCAGCAUGAGUUUACCUAAUGAAGAUGAUGAGAAUGGAAAUGACAAUCAUGAGGCUUACAUACCUGAAAAUGUAACACCAUUUUCUAAUGUUUAUGAAAAAUUCAAAUCAGAAAAUAAAAAUAUUAUCUCACCUAGGAGUGAAUCUGUUGAUUCCGCGAUUGAAUCAGAAGACCAAACUGAUACUAGAAAGCUGCAAGACAAACCACAACCAACAAAGGAAGAAAUUCGUGCUGAAAAUGAAAGGGCUGUAGCCGAACGAAAAAGAGCAGAAAAAUUGGAAAAAGAAAUGUCGAAAUAUCCUAGAAUGACAAAAGAAAGCCUGAAAAAAUUGUGCAAAGAUCACAAACUGUACUCGACACCAUAUCUCAAUGAUAAUCUCUAUCUCCAUUAUAAGGGAUGGUGGCGAAUUGAAAAUUUGGAUGAGUACACAGGUUUAAAAUGCUUAUGGCUGGAAGUAAAUGGUUUGAGAAAAAUAGAAAACCUUGAAAAAUUAACAAAUUUGAGAUGCCUUUAUUUGCAACAAAAUCUUAUUGAAGAUAUUGAAAAUUUGGAAGACUUACAAGAUUUGAGAAUACUCAAUUUGAGUAAUAACAUAAUAUCAAUGCUACAAAACCUGUCUUGCUUGCCUCUCCUUGAAACGUUACAAGUUGCACAUAAUCGUUUAACAACUAUUGAUACCUUGCAACAUCUUGUCGAUUGCCCGGCCAUCAGUGUUCUUGAUCUUUCGCAUAACAAAAUUUCCGAUCCAGCCGUUAUUGAUAUAUUCGAGCAAAUGUUGAACCUUCGUGUCCUUAAUCUGAUGGGUAAUCCUGUCAUAAAAGCUAUUCGAUUCUAUCGUAAAACUUUGACGGUCAGAUUGAAAAAUCUCACUUAUCUUGAUGACAGACCUGUAUUUCCGAGAGACCGGGCCUGUGCUGAGGCUUGGCAUAAAGGCGGCCACAAGGCAGAAAAAGAAGAGAGAGAAAGAUGGAUCAAUAAAGAACGAGCUAAAAUUCGAGCAAGUGUGGAUUACUUACGUGGUAUCAGAGAAAAUGCUGAAAUACGACGACAAGAAUUGGAAAAACUGGAAAAUGAAGACAGAGAUGAGGAUGCACAUUUAGGCGAUGAUGAAAAUAGCGAGCCAGAAAGUGAUGGAGAUGAUCAUAAAGAUAAAGAAAAAGUAAAUGAAACUGAAGAACAAGAAAAAUUUGAUUUAGAUGAUUUGCCUGAUCUUGAAGAUGUUGAUAUGUCAGAAGAAUUCCCAGAUUCUGGUGUUGCAAUAGAAAGCAAACAAUCAUCAAGCGUGGACUUUCAUUUUGAUAAUAAUUCAGGAUUUAAAAAAAUUAUGAUUGAGGAAAUUACUGACAAUUCCGAUGAGAAGAAAGCAGGCACCCUGUUGUCUGAAGUCGACAAUGAAGAAACUUCUUCAGUUGAAAACGGUACAUCUGCAGUUGAUCCUGUCAUAAUCGACAAUGGAACAUCGGUGGAUGAUUUGGGAAAUGGACUAAUUGAAGAGAUAGUAAUGGAAAGUGAUAAAAUUAAACCCAGUGCAAAUGUUGAUGCUGAAAAGUCUAAAGUCAAUACUGUUAAUGUUACGUUUGGUGCAGAUAAACAUGAAACUCUAUCAUGUGAAGGUUCUGGCCCAUUGUUUGAGAAAAUCUUCAAGGAAGAAGAUCUUCCCACUGACAAUGAUCGUGAAGAAGAGACAAAGAAACCAAUGAUUGUUGAAUUAUCACAAGAUGACUUAGAGUUUGAUUUGGACUGAGUUUAUCGAAAUAGGACCUUGUUGUUGAAGCGGAUUUAAAGCAUGGGCUUCUGUGGCCGGUUUUGAUGUUGAGUUGAAGAUGAAUGAAGAAUAAACAAAGAAACUUAUUGUUAAGACUUUUUUGUGUAGUACUGUUCUUUUUAGCUAAAAAAAAUAAAAUUUACAUGUACCAAGCACCAGAUCCUCUUAAUUUGUUUCAUAUUAGAUUGAAACUGGUAUCACUGUUUCUUUUAUAGUUCCCCACUUUCAGGCAAUGUUCUUGUAGGAUUGUAGGAAUAUAUUUAAAGUCUGCUAUACACCGGAUUAUGUAACAUGACAAUAUUUCUGAAGGGUGAAAAUGUAGUUUUGUCUCAUGUCCGAUCAUUCUGUAAUAAAUUUGUGGAAAUCUUCUAGGAUGGAUGCAGUAAUUUAUACGUCCAAGCUUAAACAAUCCACAGGAUUCAACUUUUAGUUCACUUUUUUAUGUAUUAUUAUAAUAUACUUACCAUUAUUUCUUUCUGUAUAUUCUACAUAGCUUCAGUUAUCUUAAUGUUCAUUGUUUUGUUGACUUGGUAGCAUACGUGUUGUGCGUUAGUUCUUUUUUAUUUUGAGAUCGUCUUCAAUAUAUUUAUUACAUCACAUUUUUGUGCCUCUAUAUGAUAUGGAGGUUUUGUUUCCAAUUAAAUUAGUGUUGUCAUUGACAAUCUUCAAAUAAGUACUAAAGUGA